GACGCUGGCGUCCCGUGCGCGCCGGCUCACUGCGCCUGCGCGGCGUGUAGACGCCGCACGCUCCCGGAAGUGGGAGGUGUCUGCUCGAGUUUGUGUGGCCGCCGCCGCGGGAACAGCAGCCGGUAGUUUUUCCACGUAGAGAGGCGAGGUCUUCGAGUCUGGCGGCGUGAGAGUGAGCGAGUGUCGGUCUCCACAGCCCUCUUCUUACGUGACACCCGGCAUGGAGGCUGAUCAGCGUCAACAGCCUGGCGGCAAGGCAGUGGCUCCCGCGCGGCAGGAGUCGCCGCGGUCCGAGUCCGGGGAGGAGCCGCAGCUCCGGCAUCCCGAGAAAAAGCAACGAUGUAGGUAUGAUGGCCAAGAAACAAAAGGAUCUAAGUUCAUUACCUCCAAUUCAAGUGAUUUCAGUGACCCAGUUUACAAAGAGAUUGCUAUUACAAAUGGUUGCAUUAAUAGAAUGAGUAAGGAAGAACUCAGAGCUAAACUUUCAGAAUUCAAGCUUGAAACCAGAGGAGUAAAGGAUGUACUAAAGAAGAGGCUGAAAAACUAUUAUAAGAAGCAGAAGCUGAUGUUGAAAGAGGACAAUUGUGCUGACAGUUACUACGACUACAUUUGUAUUAUUGACUUUGAAGCCACUUGUGAAGAGGGUAACCCACCCGAGUUCAUACAUGAAAUAAUUGAAUUUCCUGUUGUUUUACUGAAUACUGGUACCUUAGAAAUAGAAGAUACGUUUCAGCAGUAUGUGAGACCAGAGGUUAACACCCAGCUUUCUGAUUUCUGCAUCAAUUUAACUGGAAUUACACAGGAUCAGGUAGACAAAGCUGAUACCUUCCCUCAGGUACUGAAAAAAGUAAUUGACUGGAUGAAAUUGAAGGAAUUAGGAACAAAGUAUAAGUAUUGCAUAUUAACAGAUGGUUCGUGGGAUAUGAGUAAGUUCCUGAACAUUCAGUGCCGGCUCAGCAGGCUCAAAUAUCCUCCUUUUGCUAAAAAAUGGAUAAAUAUUCGAAAGUCAUAUGGAAACUUUUACAAGGUUCCUAGAGGCCAAACCAAAUUGACAAUAAUGCUUGAAAAACUAGGAAUGGAUUAUGAUGGGCGGCCACACAGUGGCCUUGAUGACUCCAAGAAUAUUGCCCGAAUAGCAGUUCGAAUGCUUCAGGAUGGAUGCGAACUCCGAAUUAAUGAAAAAAUGCAUGCAGGACAGUUAAUGAGUGUAUCUUCCUCAUUACCAAUAGAGGGCGCUCCACCUCCACAAAUGCCACAUUCUAGAAAAUAACAGCAUUUUUGCCUUUUGCCCAUGGAUCAUUCACUAUAACUGGAGUUGCUACAAAGGGGUAGCAGAUGAAUACUUAUUGAACUAGUCUUGCAGUGCAAAAUUUAAGCACCUUAGAUAUAAAAUCUUAUUUACAGUUAUAGAUACAUAUACGUGAACAGAUUCUGUGGAGGUCAUAUUGAAUUAUUUGUCACCAGCACUUUUAUAUGAGCAGUAAUUGUUACACAGUAACAGUUCCUUUAGAACUGAAUUUUAUAGUUUAAGGUGUCUAAGAUGUGUUUCUUUUGGUUUUAAAUGCAAAGGUUUAUUGAGUUUCCCUUUGAUUGUCAUCUCUUACUGAGUUAAAAUACAUAAUGUAUUUCUACAUUAACAUCAUUAGAUCAAAUUAUUUCUUAAUUGCAGAAAAGAUUGGAAGGUGGACCUUAUAGCUUUUGGUUUCUAAGAAUAUUAUAGUCCUAUUGAUUUUUGAAGUUUAUAUGUGAAGUUCAACUGUUUGUGGUGAAUUUCAUAAAAGUACUUGGUACACAUACUUGUCUGUGUUUGUUUUCAAUUUAUAAUUGUAAGACUUGUGAUAGAUUAUAGGGUCUGGUUAAAAAUUCAGCACUGAUGACAAUGGCAAGUCAGAAGAAAAUACCAUUUAAAGGAAUAUCAGGGCUAUACCUCAGACUUUAUAAUACACAGAUAAAUCAGUGGGAUUUGGCGACUUGGCUUUUUGAUUCCCCUCCUUCUCAUGACAUAUAACUGCCCUAAUUCUUAAAUCUAAGAGACCAUGCUUUGAAGUAGACUUAAAAACUAAGGGUCAUAAUUUUUCAUUUGUAUUCAACAUUGUGAGUGAGGUUAAUAAAGUCAAGUAAUUCUUUCUACCAUGUUUUAUGUUUUUAUUAUUAAAAACUGAUUUUACAUAGUGACCACUAAAUGUUGAAUAGUUAAUUUUUAACUAGUUGUAAAAACAAAAAUGUGUUCACAGAGUUGAGAAAGGAAAACUCUUUUUAUUUAGAAGCUAAAAAUACAUAUUUUCAGACUUGCAUUUUCCCCUAUAGCUUUCAUGAAUAAUUUCAUUGGCAUUUUUUUCCAUGGAGCAUUUUCAUUGACAUUGCUUUUUUCUUCUUUAAUAAUUGUGAUGCUACUUUAUUUUAAUGAUUUAUGUGUUAUAAUAAAAUGAAUUUUAUAGAGGUUUUUCAACCCUGAUGGAUAGGAUAAAAGUAGGUAUUUUUCUUGGUAUGAAAAUAUACACAGUGCUGUAGGGUAUUUACUUAAAAGAAUGAAUUUCUGCCCUUGGGCAGUAGUUGUAGAAUCAGCAUAAUAGAGAAUAACAGGUGGACAAUAGAAGGCACAGGGGUAUAUGAUGCCCUUAGACAAACUGAUGUGGAGUAUAGUGAAACAUCUAGAAGUUUUAGGUUUUUAUAGUAAACUCUGGAGGUGAAGUGAAUAUAUGCUGAGAUUUUUGAAUAACAAAUAUCACCAUAUAAUAUACCAUAUGAUAUUACUGAAAGUUUUAAAGAAUUUCCUUCAAAUACUUGCUGAGCUACUGUGCCAUGGCAGAGAAUAGCAAAUCACUAUUGAAAUGUGGAUGCUAGGAGAUCCAUUUGACAUACUCCUUGGGUGAUUUUGCUACAUUAACCACAUUACCGUAGAAUUCAAAUUCAUGGCCAUGGCAAAACUGGAAUUACCUUUCACCAGCUUCCAGAGUUGCUCAUCAAUAGCUGAAGCUGCAAGUGGGAAAUCUGAGAAUGACAAAGAAAUAUAACCCUGCCCUCCUUUUUUGUUUCUUUUUAAGUCAAGCUGCCAAUUUCUUUGCUGAUUUUUCUUUUUGCUAAGUAUCCAAGUACCAAGAAGCUCAUUUUAUAUUUAUUGUUAAGACCUCAACAUUAUAAGCUCUCAAUAUCCUUUGGCUCAACCAAAUAUUUUAUCUGGUGAUACUUUAUAGUCCUAAUUCAUUUUUCUAGACUUUAUGCAGAAAUAAUGGACAAAUAUAAUUGUAUAUAUUUAAAGUGUAAAUGUGAUCAUUUGAUACGCAUUGUAAAAGGAUUACCAAGAUCAAAAUAGGUAACACAUGUAUCACCUCAUAUUUUUUUUUUUUUUUUUUAGUGGUAAGAAUUCCUAAGGUCUCAGCAACUUUCAAGGAUAUAAUACCAUUUAAUUAACCAUUGUUACCUUGUUGUACAUUAGAUCCUCAGAAUUUAUUCUUUUUAUAACUGAAAGUCUGUACCCUUUGUCCUACGUCAUCCCAUUUUCCCCAUCCCUUGCCCUUGUUGGUUUGUAGUUCAUUGUUUUUGUGGGAAGAUGAGCAUUGGAACUGCCUAGCCCUUCAUCUUGCUGACCUCACGUUCCUCUGAACUCAUUGUUAAUUGCUUUGUUGAGUCUCUGCCCUUCCCUCCAAUUUGAUAUAACUGGUAUCAAGUGGACUUUUGUUUUUAAUAUAUUUUUAUUGAUUUCAGAGAGGAAGGACAGAGAGAUAGAAAUAUCAAUGAUGAAAGAGAAUCAUCGAUUGGCCGCCUCCUGCAUGCCCCACACGACCCGGGCCGGGAAUUGAACUGUGACCUCCUGGUUCAUAGGUCAACACUCAACCAUUGAGCCACGCAGGUUGGGCCAAGUGGACUUUUCAUUGGAUUUUGCUGAAACUGUUAAUCAUGCCUGUUCUGAUGAGAUGAAAUUAAACAUAGGGAAUACUACUUUAUACUUUUUGAUUUUUGCAAGGGAAAUGCUUAAGAGAUGAAUGCCAUCUAGUAUUUCAGAAAAUCAAUAAUAAUUUAUUGUCAGGUUUUAUUUUCUUUAGUAUUGUAAUAUAUACUAUAUACUAUAAUGAUAUUAAUAUUAUUUAUUCUUUACAAAAAACCUUUUGUUUUUUCUUUAACAAUCAGCUAUGUUAAUUUUUUGCUCUCUACUUUUCACUUGUUCUGAUACAUUGAGAUACUAGGUUUCUGUUGUAUUAUUUCAGAUGCACAAUCUUUAGAACCAACUGAGGUAUAUACCAGAGCACUGUAUUUUGUUCGUGGUUUGUUUUGUGUUCUUUUGGAUAAAAUACUUGAAAACA